GUUUUACGUUCAAAGAAACGAACCCAACAACAGUCGGAUUAAUAAUGUGAACCCAACGCUUCCACACGAAGAAAAAUAAAUAAAUAAAGAUGGAAUAAACACAAGCUUCUCUGGAUGGCUUGUAGAGGUCUGUGCAUCUGGCGUUUUGUUAAAGGAAGGGACGCUGCUGAUGUCAGGAGAGCAAUCGUGGGCGCAAAAUGAAUUUCUCCGAGGUCUUUAAGCAAUCCAACCAGCUUUGUAAGGUUUCACCUAAUGGCAAAUAUUUGGCUACCUGCGUACAAUACAGACUGGUGGUGAGAGAUGUUAGCACUCUGCAGAUCCUGCAGCUCUACACCUGUCUGGAUCAAAUAUCCCACAUGGAGUGGUCCUCUGACUCUCUAUUCAUCCUGUGUGCUAUGUACAAGCGGGGGCUGGUACAGGUGUGGUCUCUGGAGCAGCCGGAGUGGCACUGCAAGAUUGACGAGGGCUCAAUCGGGCUGGUCUCCUCGCGCUGGAGUCCGGACGGACGUCACAUUCUCAACACCACCGAGUUCCAUCUGAGAAUUACCGUCUGGUCCCUCUGCACGAAAGCCGUGUCUUACAUCAAGUAUCCCAAAGCAUGUCAGAAGGGAAUAGACUUCAGCAGAGAUGGACGCUAUAUGGCCUUAGCCGAGCGCCGUGAUUGCAAAGACUAUGUUAGUAUAUUUGUAUGUGACGACUGGCAUUUACUCAGGCAUUUCGAGACUGAAACACAAGACCUUGCAGGAUUGGAGUGGUCUCCCAAUGGCUGUGUGCUAGCAGCGUGGGACAGCUGUCUAGAGUACAAGGUUUUGCUGUACUCCCUGGACGGCCGAUUGCUGUCGACCUACUGUGCCUAUGAGUGGUCACUGGGUGUGAAGUCUGUGUCCUGGAGCCCCAGCAGCCAGUUCCUGGCCAUCGGCAGCUAUGAUGAGAAAGUGCGCAUCCUCAAUCACAUCACAUGGAAGAAAAUUGUGCAGUUUGAGCACCCUGCGGCCCUGGACAACACAAAAGCUACUGUGUAUAAGGAAGUGGAACGAAGGCCCGCCGUGGUCAGCGAUGAGUUGUCGCUACACGACGUCACGAUGGGCUCCACUCUUUUCAACACACAGAGCAAAUAUGAGAUCUGCACCCUGCCUGUCCAGAUUCCCGCGGUCAAGCCGGACCCAGACAGAGCCAACCCUAAAAUAGGUGUGUCCGUUAUGGCGUUCAGCUCAGACAGUCGCUACCUCGCAACCAAAAAUGACAACAUGGCCACCGCUGUUUGGGUGUGGGACAUGCAGAGGAUGAGCCUGGAGGCGGUGCUGGAGCACACGUCAGCCGUACGCUGCUUUGCGUGGGACCCCCGUCGGCCUCGGCUGGCCCUGUGUGCCGGAAACAGCAAACUUUAUCUCUGGUCCCCGGGAGGCUGCGUUUCUGUUCAGGUUCCUGCUGAAGGUGGUUUUCAGGUCCAGUCCCUGAACUGGCACUGCAGCGGAGACUCUGUGAUCCUGCUUGGGAAAGAGCAGCUUUGCUUGUGCUACAUGGACACUGACCCGGAAGAAAAGUAAAAGUUCACCGCACGUCACUGAAUAGUUCGUUCAGGUUUAAUUAUGUCCUCGAAGACCAGUGGAAGCACUCUGGACAUCUCUAAUGCUGGAUUAUAGCUGCUUAAAAAACCCCAAAAAAUCUUGAAAACUUGAAGACAUUCCUACUCCUUUAAGAAAAAUAAAACGCUUUAAAAAAAAACUAUUUAGAUACUGAGGCACUAGUUUUUCAGCACUGUGAAAACAAUUGUUUUAGCCUUAAACUAUUUGUGUAUGCGUUUCUUUGAAAGUUUUUGGUUAUUCUAAAUAAAGUUUUUUUUUAAAUAAUGAA